AUGUGCUAUAAAAGACAAUAUAAUCAUCCUGCCACUGCCAGAGUCGAUAGUAAUGGUAAUGCUAUCACUAGAAUGCAUCCUUCCAUGAAAAGGCCUCGUGCACCUAUUGCUUGUAUACGAUGUCAUCAUAAAAAAGUACGUUGCGAUGGAGAACAUCCAAAUUGUACUCGUUGUACUCAAGGGGGUAUUUUAUGCGCUUAUCCAAGCAGUCGGCGAUCUCGUAACACCCAGACUACCAAUGUGGACCCUUUUAUCGACAACUUGUCUCAAUUAGAAAUAAAAAUUCAUCAAAUCGAGGCGGAUCUUGAAUCCCAACGUAAUCUAUUUUUAUCCCUUCAAAUUAAUAUGGUACCUUCGUCUAUAAAUAAUAAUCCUACGGCAACCAUGUCAACUGAUAACAACGACCGUCUCCAUCAUCAUCAUCAUUCUAAAUCAAAAUCAAAUCAUCAUGAUCGUAUCACCUCUCAAUUGGAAGCCAAAUUAAAACAUACUGAACAAUCCACUUUGGAAACCCGUCGUGCAAUGGCUCAUACUCGUUUACAACGUGAGCAACAACAAAGAUCAUCUAAUCAUACUGCCAAGAAAAGAUCCUUGUCAAUGCAUGAUGCAACAAAAACAACCAGUACAGGAUCUCAUUUAACUAAAAAAUUAAAACAAAAUCAUAAGAAGACAUCUAUCAUUACACCUGAUAUGACAACUACUUCGACAGCAUCAACAACAACAACGACAAUAUCAUCGUCAUCAUCAUCAUCAUCUUCGUCAUCAUCAUCGUCAGCAGCAGGUGGUGGUGAUGAUACAUUACAACAGCAAUCAUCAUCCAAUACUAUGAUGACGCAAUAUCAUCCAUCCAUAUCACAAAACUACCUCUUUCCUACUUUAGAUCCUUUUUCCUGUCAACCUUUAACUGAUUGGCCACAUCCUCAGAACAAUUAUACGGAUGAUGGAAGAGAACAACAAAAUUUAUCAUCUUCUGAUUGUCCCACAACUACAGAUAAUAUUGUUCAACCUAUCAAGCCUCUAGCGACCCCUCCUCCAACAUCUCAUAAUAAUAAUAAUACAUCCCCUUUAAGUUAUCCUUCAUCAUCAUCAUCAUCUUAUACACCUUCAUUAUCUGCCAAUUCAUCCGUCCAUUCUCUGAAUCAUGUCCCACCUUCAUCCUAUCCUACCCCUUCUUCUUCCUGUUCCACCUUGUCUCAAACUCCAGCUUGUCAUAUCAUGGACCUCUACAAUCAUUUGACCAUGGAAGACUUGAUUUCUUUUGAUUCCCAAAAUACUGGUCCCACUGCCCCAAUGAUUGACAAUACAGUCUGGUACUGCUAG